AUGGGCAGAACCAUGCAAAACGACACGCAUAAGAACUCUUCCUCCUUCCAACAAAGUGUUGAUAAAAGGUCUCUCCUGAGUAACGCGGGUGGCUCCUCGUCAUUAGGCGGUCUAGGUGGGAGCAUCGGACUCAACUAUGCUCCACGUCCUUCAUCUUCAACUCGACUAAAAGGGCUUAGCUCGAAUGUCGCCAACAUGCGGAAUACUUACAAUCAGGAUUCUGGUAUGGACAACGUUGCCUUGAACUUUCUCCCCUAUGGAACCGGUUCAAACUUCCCUGGUGCACCACAACGCGGUAUUUCCGAGCCUUCUUUGCUCACUGGAAUGGGAAGCAUGAAUCAUGCGGUGAAUUCCGAGAUCUCCUCGCUUAUGUCUGGCCUUGUGAACAACUCCAAACCACCAUUUAUGGGUCAGAGCAAGUCUGUCGCGGGCAUGGGAUUGCUGGGUGGUUCUGUGAACACCACCACCAAUCUCAUGAACCCAGGCGUCUCUUCCCCUGGUCUCGCAUUUGAUCCCUCCGACUUUCCCCCUAUUAUAAACUCUGUGAACCAAUCGCAAAACCAAAACAUUGCUGGCAGCUCUCAAAGUCGGAACUAUGUUUCAGUUAUUGCGAAAGGCGGUGGCAAUAGUGGAGCAACUCCUCUAAGCGGUGGUGGUAGUAUUGGCGCUGUUUCCAAUCAGGCGUCCUUCUCGACGUCUAACAUUCAGGCCUCACCGGAAUUUUCUAUAGACAGGGACUUUCCCGCUUUGCCAGUUGCUCAAAGUUCAUCGAACUCCGUUGCUGUCAGUGCGGCUGGUGGUAUUGGUGGGCCGAAUGCUAGCGCUUCGUCUCCUUCCUCUGUAGUCCCCACUGCAUUACCCUCUGUUACCAUUCCUAUGUCAAGCCAAUCACUUAACGCCUCGUCUGGCGAGGCACUGCUGAAGAGUCAGGCGGCUCAGCGAGUACAGCGCUCUCAGAGCAGUAGUUUGUCGGUUGGUGGAGCGAACCCCAGCGGGUCCCUGCAGUUGCUGGGUGAUAACUAUGUCACCAACAUUCCCAAGAACAUGAUUGACAACCAGUUUGGGAUGAUUGGUCUGCUUAAGCUAAUCCAAAUCGAUCCCUCUUUCGAAACUCUCGCUCCCGGACUAAAUUUGGCUUCCUUGGGCAUUGUCAACUGGCCCCCAUCCGGAGAACUGCAUAGCGUUUUUGCUUCUCCCUUGACCGAUCAAUGCAUGUUACGACCUCAGGACAUGGACUACAACGUGCCUCCAGAGUACCAAAUUCGCAGUCGAAUCGCUGGUCGUCUUCCUUCCGAUCCUCCGCUGGAAAACCUCACCGAUGAAAUCCUCUUUUGGAUAUUCUACAACUGCUGCAGAGAGGAGGUUCAGUUGGUUGCCGCUAAGGGGCUGUACAACCGAGAGUGGCGGUAUCAUAAGAAGAAGAUGCGGUGGCUCACUCGUGUCCCUGGAAGUGAUGUAAUUCGAGAGGGUACUUCGGAGCAAGGAACUUAUUAUUGCUGGGAGCCGCUGGCCUCCGAAAAAGUGAUUCAACAGAUGACCAUCUGUUAUGCCGAUCUGGAUGAUACACCGGCUACCUAUCAAUUAUCCUCCUCCACUCUCAAUGCCAGAGUGCAGCCCAUACCUCCAAUCUAUCACCAACAACAGCAUCAACAGCAGCAGCAACACAUGUUCAAUAGCGGCAGCGGAGCAGGUGGAGCCACCUACUUUACGCAGACUGGUCGCAUUCCUCGGCCGCCUGCAACCGUCGCCAACACUACUUCCAAGCUGUCAGUUGUCUCCUCAAUGCUACUAAAUGGACCGUCAAUUGAUGUGUCCCAGCAGAUUCCGGUUGGAAAACCUGAAUCCAAAGUGAACGACCCCACCGUACCUCUAGGCGUUGUUGCUCCCAGCUCCGUCGCCACUGCUGCUGUGUCCUCUUCCAAUGGCACGAGCUCAGUCGAUCCCAUGACGACCGCCACUACAACAGUACCGUCGUCCUCAUCUUAG